CUUUUCGACUCUCCCGACCUGUCUUGGUGGUUGCUCGGCCAUCCCUGCCGCCUCUCACCUUCCCUCCCUCUCCCUCUCCCUCUCCCUCCCCCUUCUCAGCCCGCGUGCCAAGCUACCAGUCCCGGAUAUGGGCCGAGGCUACGCUCCAAGGCAUUUUCCCGUCCGCGGCGGUCACGGACGAGAGUGCCAGCGAGGGCGGGAGGCUGGGACAGCGGGAGGGAGGAAACUCCU